CGCAACAUUCCGCAAAGCAGAGGAAGAGACGGCAGACACCGCACCUUCGACCAAGGUAAAGCAUGGCAAUGACGGGCCAGAGCUCGUGUUCCUCCAUGAGUAACCACACUAAGGAGCGGGUCACCAUGGCCAAAGUGACCCUGGAGAACUUCUACAGUAACCUCAUCGCCCAGCACGAGGAGAGAGAAAUGAGACAGCAGAAGCUGGAGAAGGUGAUGGAUCAGGAGGGCCUCGCUGAUGAAGAGAAACGUAUGCGGCGUUCUCAGCAUGCGAGGAAAGAGACGGAGUUUCUGCGUCUGAAACGGACUCGUCUGGGUCUGGAGGACUUUGAAUCCCUGAAGGUGAUCGGCCGAGGAGCUUUUGGAGAGGUUCGUCUAGUACAGAAGAAGGACACCGGUCACGUUUACGCCAUGAAGAUCCUCCGUAAAGCCGACAUGCUGGAGAAAGAACAGGUGGGUCAUAUUCGCGCUGAGCGGGACAUCCUGGUGGAGGCCGACAGUCUGUGGGUGGUCAAAAUGUUCUACAGCUUCCAGGACAAGAUGAACCUCUACCUCAUCAUGGAGUUCCUGCCUGGAGGAGACAUGAUGACCCUGCUGAUGAAGAAGGACACUCUGACAGAAGAAGCCACUCAGUUCUACAUCGCAGAGACGGUGCUGGCCAUCGACUCCAUCCACCAGCUCGGCUUCAUCCACAGAGACAUCAAACCAGACAACCUGCUGCUCGACUCCAGGGGUCAUGUGAAGCUGUCAGACUUUGGUCUGUGCACAGGGCUGAAAAGGGCUCACAGGACCGAGUUCUACAAGAACCUGAACCACAGCCUGCCCAGUGACCUCAGCAAGCAAACUUUCCAAAACAUGAACUCGAAGAGGAAAGCAGAGACCUGGAAGAGGAACAGGAGGCAGCUGGCUUUCUCCACCGUGGGAACGCCUGACUACAUCGCUCCAGAGGUCUUCAUGCAGAACGGAUACAACAAGCUCUGUGAUUGGUGGAGCCUGGGCGUCAUCAUGUAUGAGAUGCUGAUAGGUUAUCCUCCGUUCUGCUCGGAGACGCCUCAGGAGACGUACAGGAAGGUGAUGAACUGGCGAGAGACGCUCAUCUUCCCUCCAGAAGUGCCUAUAUCAGAGAAGGCCAAAGACCUCAUCCUCAGGUUCUGCUGUGAGGAGGAGCACAGGAUCGGAGCUGCAGGAGUCGAGGAGAUCAAGUCCAACCCGUUCUUUGAGGGAGUCGACUACGAUCAUAUCAGAGAGAGGCCUGCUGCCAUCCCCAUAGAGAUAAAAAGCAUCGACGACACCUCAAACUUCGAUGAAUUCCCUGAUUCAGACAUCCUCACACCUUCAGCUGCUCCGGUAUCGAACCAGACCGAGGCCGACCUGAAGAACAAGGACUGGGUCUUCAUCAAUUACACCUACAAACGCUUCGAGGGCCUCACGGCUCGGGGAGCGAUUCCGUCCUACAUGAAGUCCGGGAAGAGAUGAGCCCGGAUUUAAACCGUCAGCGCCGUGAAACCUGAACGAGUCGUCCAAACCCCGAGAGGAGAACCGUGUCUGUUCUCUGCUUCCUGAGCGUUAAAUCAGGACCAAUAAUAACGGGGCUCACUUUCAUCUGCUGCUUUACACCGUAGGAACUGCUGCCUUCACUUUCUCUGAUGCUUCCGAGGGUACCUUUCUUCUUCUUCCUGGAUUAAUGGAUUCAGUGGGACGUCUUCAUUCCUGAAACCAGCAUCAUUCCUACAUUCCCUCUCUGUCAACCAGCACCGGUCUGUUGGAUCUACCAAGGGCUCCUCUCUUUUCACUCCACUUCUCUUUGACUGUUUUUUUACGCUCCACUUGAAGGUAACCAGGUGCUCUUCAGGGAUUCUGUCCAAAUGUUCCUCUUGGUUUCCUUCUGGAGGUUUCUUCAGAUGACCGAACCAAAGACUGUGAGCUGAACCAUGUUUGUGCUUCGUAGGACUUUUCUAGCUUGUUCUGCUCGUUGUAUUGAUUUUGAGAACGAUGCAUUAUGUUGAGACUUGUUAUUUUUUUUUUCGCAGUGACCCCCCCUCUUUAUGUUCUGAAACCUUUAGCACCUUAAGAUGUUUGAUGCAACUCGAGUACAGCAAGGCCUGCGGCUCAUUAACAUGUUAAGAUUGUGGGAUUUUAUCGGACGGGAAAAGUCUGGCUGCAGAGUAAAGGCUGAACCUUAAAGCUAAAGUCAAUACUUCCCGACGGUGUCUCAAAAAUGGGACGCACAGAUCUGGUAGUAAAGUUUAAUGGUUGUCAGAAAUAUUUUUGGUAAAAACUGGGCCGAGCUUUCUUUGUUUUCUUCUUCAGUCGUGCUUCGGUUGUUGUCGGGUAAAAACUCAGGGCCGUUUCAGCCUGGUGGCGUGUUUCGCUGCUUGCAGCUUCUGUGCAUUUCCGCUCUUUAGCACCGUCACGUCUUUCAGACCAGGCGCGAGUUUGCUGCGAGUUUGUUGCAUGUUGGCAGUGUCUCCUUGCUGCCAUAUCCCAUCAUUGUUCACAAGUUUUACCACAGUAAAACAUGACCUUAUUCCACCAUGUUGGGGAAUAUUCAAACUAAAAGCUUUCUGUACAAAUGAAGGUAGUUUCUCCAAAGAAAUACUACUGGGCUUUUACUUUAACAUGGAUAAACAGGAAGUAUCCUCAUCCUGUUCAUCUUCGCUGUGAUGUAUUGUAAAAGCCUCACUAAUAAUAGAAGUUUAGAGAACAACUUUAUUAAAUAGACACAUUUCAUGGCCUUCAUCAGGGCUGUCCAACAUUUUUCUGAUGUAGAUUUGUACAUAUUUGCUACGACAAGGUAAACACUGCUCGCUAUUUGUAAUUCUGUUUUGCUGAUAACCAUGCGUGGGUUGCAGGAAAUAGACAAGACUUCUAUCCUCUUAAUAAGUGGCUCUCUGGUGGGUUGCAGAGGCUGUCAGUCCGUGUUUUAUUUUACUCUGUUUAAAUGUGAUAAUGGGCAAAUGUUAAUGUCCUCUCUAGGGCUGAAGAAUUUAAGAAAAUAAUCUUAACUUAUUUUUAAGUUCCUCAUCCAAUGCUUUUCCUCCAACACGAGCAAUAAAUACUUCUAGAACAAUAUUAAAAAGAUUAAACUGGGGCAGAACAGUUUUGAAAAAAUGCCCAGUUUGCAAUUAUUUUGACUGGUAUUCAUUAUUAAAUGUUGCAUUACAGGGAAUGAUCAUUUUUAUGUCGCUCUUAUUUUGAAAAAGAAAAACUUUAAAAAAUAAGGAAAGUAGGAUUUUUGCAAACUCUUCACAAAUAUGAAGCUUAAAUGUUUGCAUGAUGAGUGGAACAUAUCUCUGCUGCACAAAAAUUGAAUUAAACUGGCAUUUUAACACGUAUUUUAGGUCAAUGUAAUAUUGCACCAGGACAUUUAAGCGAUUUAAUCUAAAAUUUGAGUAAUUGCCUAAUAUUUCUAUGCGUUAAUCUCCAAAUAACAAAGUUGCUUUUCAUAUUAUAAGGAGGUAAUUCCUCAACAUGUGUGGAAAAUCGGCUAAAAUGUACACGAGGAAAAUGGGAGGUGAAAUGUGUUUGGCCUGUCCUGUCUCAGUUUCUAUCAUGAGAUCCGAGCUGCAACGUUUGUCAUUAAAUAAACGUGAGAUUUUGAACAUUUAGAUAGGUUUGCAUCACAUGUGGUUUUAAGAGACUCUUGUGGGUCCUGAAGCUGGACCAGUAAAGAACCACUGCUCUAAAUUUGUGGGUUAGAUUAAGAGUCUAGACCAGCCUGGGUGGAAGGUUAUAUAAGCGUCAAAGGAUAACAUCUUCUAAGGUAGAGGACAGAAUGUUGGCAGAGCCGGGGUUAUUGGGGACUUUGCCCCUCCCUUUUUGCCAAAUAGUCGGCAACUGUUGGAAAAGUGAGUAGAACUGGUAAGGAGAAAAUCCCGCCCACUUUCCCAAAAGUUUCCACCAAAGGAGAGUCAAGGUAAGGGAAAGAUUGUUGGUGUUACUGUGUACAAGAUGUUGGCAGAGCCGGGGUCUUUGGGGACUUUUUCCUACAUUUUGGCCAAAUAGUCGGCAAACUUUGGAGAAGCGGUUGGACUUUUCAGGAAUGAGGGUUCCCUCGCUUACUGACAUGGAGUUAGUUCACUCAGAGACCCAGACGCUGACAUGGGUUCAAGAAAAUAUGAGACAGUUUGUCACAUCCAAGGGUAGCUAAUCAUCUUCGUAUUUAUUGUUUUUCUUGGUUGGAUUUAAGCAUCUUGAACGCACCCCAGAAGGACCCCAGGGUGCUAAAGCUGGUCUACAAGGCUAGUCCAGUCCAGACAAGGACAACCCAGACCUUCAGAUGCAGUCUGAGCUCUGGUCCAUGCCCAAACAAAGUGUUAAGAAUCACCUCCUGAUUAAUGAGUGCCCAAAAUGGAUGUUAAUCCAUGUUAAUGCUUGUAUAAACGGGGUUAAAAGUCUGUAUCUAAUCUGGAUUAUGUUGAUCAAAUCCAGAUUUUGUUGUUAAAACAGGAUGAAAGUUAACAGGCUGACCUGAUCCUUGGUAGAAAGAGAACUUUUGAAUGUAAAACGGGUUUUUCGACUUUUUAAAAAAUUAUUGCAAAACGCAGUUAACGACUGAAACAAAUUCCAGUGGCGUGAAUUUACAGAAGGACGCUGAGCACUAACGAGGCUGAUUUCCCCUAAUUGGUUAAUUGGUGUUUCUAUGAGAAAAUCCCUCACUGGUUGUAGAUCUGACUGAUUUAUCUGCUCGUAGUUUUCCAAGCUAAAUAAAAACCUUGUGUUGAAGAGCCCUGAUUUUUACCAGAAAUAAUUCUGAUUAUCUGGGGUGUUGGAGAAAUGUUGCAGCUCUAACCUCACAGUUGUAAAAAUCUCAGUUAAAGGGAGGAAACGUGGCAUAAACCUGCAGUCUUGUGGGGAUUGACUUCUGCUUUCAGGCUCCUGUCUCUCCUCUGUUUCAUCUCUGAUUUUAAACAUCAGCUCGGUUUAAAUUCUUCUUUUUCGUGUAAAUAUUUGACGUGUUGGUCUGAAUGUUUGACACCAGCCGGAGAGAAGCUCACAACGUCUUCACCCUGAAUGUUUGUUUUAAAGACACUCAACAUCUCACAGAAUAACUCCACCUUUUCUUCACGUUUUUCACUGUGGGGUUUAUUUUUUUAGUUUUCUAAGCACAGGGCUAACUCAGCGUUUUCCACUGAACACAAUAUCCAAAUGCUGUCGUUUAAAGAUGAAUGUAAAUGAAGAGAUUUUUGUUUUUAACCACAAUAAUUCCAAAAUGCUGUUUGUGUGAAUGUCACCUGGACCGUACAAGUUUCUCUGGUUUUCUUUUUCUAUAAAGGCCGUCACGGCACAUGAGGGGGAAAUACGGAAGCCCAUUAUAGCCAAGAACUAGACAGGAAAGUAGAGAUUUAAUGUAAAAUAUUAAUAAUAAUGAAAGAUAGAAUUUAAGAUUUAGGACGCCAGAAAGAUCCACCAAAGGCAGAAUAUUUUUCCAAAAACAGUUCCACUGGUAUUUUAAAAACAACAGCCGUGCACACAGAUCCAAAAACCGCCUAAAAACCAGGUAGUCUACAAACUUUCACACAUGAAGGGGAGAACUUUCUGAGGCCAGGCCAAACUGGGUCCCAUGGUGGUCAGCAAAACCACGGUCCAUUUUAACGUUAAUCUGUGAUAAUCAUAUUUUAUUUUCAACCUGAAUAGUAACUGCUUUUAUAAAAGCCCAAGUAUGAAAAAAGGGGCAAAAUGGGUUUAAUAUGGAAAAAAAGUUAUUAAAAAAUAGGCAAAAGUGGGCGAAACAUGGCAAAAUAAAAUGGUUAAGAGUUGCAAAAAAUUGCAAGCAAUGGCAAAGAGCAGCUCACGGUGGUUGUAAGUGGAAAUAAAUUGGGCAAAAGAAACAAAAAUGGGCUUGAAAUUGAAAAAUUAGGGCAAAAAUUGGCAGAAACGAGGCCAAAUGGGAUCACUCUGGCAAAAAAAAGAAAAAAAUGGCAAAAUAACCACACCAACAAUUAGCUCAAAUGGGUUGCAAGUGGAAGAAACAGGGCAAAAAUGGCCAGAAAUGGGCUGGGAAAAGUGCAAAAAUUAUUUAAAAGUGGAAAAAGAAAGAGACAAAAAAAAUGGGUUAAAAGUACCAAUAAGGGGCAAAAAUGGGCUGCAAUUGACAUCGAAUUUGCAGAAAGAGCUAAAGGCAAAAAAGGAUCAAUGUGGCAAAUUAGGAAAGGAAUGACAAAAAAGGUUGACAGUGGCAAACAAGGUCAAAAAGGAGCUUAAAUGGGUUAAUAGAGGCAUAAAUAAGAGUCAAAGAUGGGUGAAAAAAAACAGUAAACAGGUUAAAAGUAGCAUGAAUAAUAAUUUCUAACAUCUGAACCCAGUAAUAGUUUCACACACUUUCACUUUAAACUCAAAAUAAAAGCGCCAGAUGAAUUUUACAGGGCAAAAAAUUAAAAUUUUUAAGUGUUUUCUAGUGUGGACCGUUAAUGUGUUUAUCUGUUGGGACUCUUGAUGAGCACGUGUGAAACUUUUAGACGUGUUUAAUAUUUAUGAUUCAGAUUGAAAAGCUCUGAAUUUAUACAUACAUAUAGCAACUUUUAACAACUAAAAUGACCCAGUAAGAAGCCGGUCAUAACUUUAACAAUAAUUAGCUGAAGCAUUAAUUCUGUCACCUUUGGUUGAGCUUGAUUUAGAAUAUUUGAUUCUUUUGAAGAAAAUGUAAAAAAAUAACAGGAGAAUAAGGAAAAAUAUGUUUGCAGGCCACUUGUGGAUCAUUUCUGUUGCAGAGUUUUGCCUCAUAAUGAUUUUUAAAAUUCAGCUUUUUUACUCAUUUAGUAAAUAAUUCCCGUCUCUGAGGAUUAAUUUAAAUUUUGUGGACCCCAAAGAAAAUGGAAAAAUAAAUCUUUGAACAGGGAUGAAAGAAAAAUAAUCACUAAUUAUGGUUUAUUUACUAUACAUCUAAUUUGUAUAGCAUUUGCUUAGUCUUAUUUGCUUUAAUACAUUUAAAUUUACAAAAUUUUGCAGUUUUGAACAAUACCUAUAACUUAACUCUUUAAAUUUGAUUUUUUUCUCCAUAUUCCUGCAUUUUUUUACCCUAAUUUAGUCUGUCCAGACUGCCACUUUCUCCCCUGUUGGCACUCCUGGGCUUCCGUACAUCUCUGAGGGUUUUCUCUUCUGGUCUGUAAAUUAAAGCUCGCUGUAUUCAGGUAGUUUGUAGAUGAAGCUCAGCACAUUGUUAGAGAAGCACGCAGUCCAGCUUUUUUCUAUGAUGGGGGGGCGGGGUCACUAUUUUAAAGCAACUGUCUGUUAGUGGGAACUUUCUGCUCGGCAUGCUUUUACCAAACAGCUCAAAGCAAUAGAGCAAAUCAUUGAUCGACUGGUUUUAUUGACGAUGCCACUUUGUGUGAGUGUGAGGAUGUGAGCAUGCUCAGUAGAGACGUAUGUUUUCUGAUGGAUGCUCAGAUGUGCGAGGGGUGGGUGUACAUUAUUUAAACCACUGUUCUCUUUAUAGUGAGGCUGAUGUUUGUUUUCUGCUAUUUGACAAUGAAUUACUCUGCACUUCA